AUGGUCAAAGUCACAAUUUUAGGUGCCGGCGUCACCGGCAUGAUGGUCGCCGCUGCCCUUCCACGCAACUACAAUGUCACCAUCGUUGGCGAGUACAUGGCAGGAGACUACAACACGAAGGAGUGGGCAAGCCCAUACGCUGGCGCCAUAUGGGUUGGCGUGCACAAGUCGAACCCUCGUGAGCAAAAGAUGCAGCUUGAAGGUUUGAUGGGCCUGCUGAGGCUUGCGGAAACCAACCCCGAAUCAAGCGUGCGAAGGAUCCCAAUGACGGAGAUCAUGGACCGUGGCUCUAAAUCCGAUGUCUGGUAUGCCCACAAAGCCCCAAACUUUCACUUCAUGACCCAGGACGAGUUACCAGAAGGUUCACUCUAUGGAAUGAAGUACGAGACAGUGGUUCUGAACCCUCCAAAGUUCUUGAACUGGCUCCAUGAGAGGCUUGUGGCUCGAGGGGUCAAGUUUCGGAAAACUCGGGUUUACUCGCUUGCUGACCUCAAAGGGCUUGGCCAUGAUGUUCUUAUCAACGCUUCAGGAUUGGGAGCCGAGAAUCUAAAGGAUGUCAAGGAGCAGAAUCUCACGCCUUGGAGGCUGCAAUGUGUCGUUGCUAAAUCUCCGAUCACCUAUGAUCGCCUUUUCAUCCGUCGAGGAAACAACGGCUACUACUCAACUGCUUUCUCCCGACUGGACGGUACUGUCUAUGUUGGUGGUAUUUUGACUCAAAAUGAUCGAGAUCUGUCUAUUUCCGAGGAGCAACGCAUUACGAUCUGUAAGAAUGCCCAUGCAAACCAGCCUGAUGUUUUCCCGUCUCCCGAUCCGAAAGACUGGUCUAUCAUAUAUGAUCACGUGGGUGUAUACUCUACUAUGGACCCAGACAUUGCUGGUGUUCGUUGCGAGAGUGAGAUUGUUGGUGGGCAAAGAGUGGUCCAUGCCUACGGCCAGAACGCAGGAGGAUAUGUCUAUAGUUUUGGACUCUCGCGUGAGGUUGUCAAGCUAACGGGGGACUACUUGUACCAGCUUCCUCCUUCAGAGAAGCUUUGA